CAUCCAUCCUUUUCUCAUCAAUUAAUUUCUCGACUUACUUUUUCCCAUUUUUUUAGCCCAUAACUCCAACUCACCAAAAAUGAAGAGAGAGGGUAGACAACAUGGUAUGGUGAGGUCUUAUAGAAUCCUACCAAAUUCACUUAACCCUCGACCCAAUACUCGAUUCAUCACCCAAUUUGAUGCCCCUCCCACUGCUGGAUUCUUCGUAAAAGUGUCCUCUAAGCCAACCAAUCACUCCAAGUUCACUGGCAAGUGUGGCACACCACGUUGCACCGGUUGCCACCUUCACCCGGCUUGCAAGUCCAAAGACAAGACCAAAGGCACCCAAAAGCGCAAACACUGGCGAGUCAUCGUAGAUCAACCCAAUUCAGAUUUUUUUGGGUUGUCUGCAACUGUGACACUUGACAAUCUUUCUCAUGAUUACUAUGAAGAUGAAAGUGGUGACCGUGUAGAUUAUUCUGGCACUUUGGAUGAUUAUGAUGGGGAGAAUAAUAAUGGUAACAAAUGUGUUUCUGAAAUUGGGGGUUCAUUUCAGAUGGAUCAAGUUGCGGAAGAUGAAGAUUGGCUUUUGGUGGAAUCUUGUUCGUGAUUGAUGAUGUUGUUGUUUAUAAUUGAUGUGUUUAUUUUACAAUUGCUUGAAAGGAUUAAUAAAGGUUAUAUUUGGAUUUUGAAGAAAUUAAGCGAUAACAAGGCUUGUUUUUCUAA